AUGUCGCCCGUGCGGGCCGAGCGCCACCAUGUCAGCUCCCCCACUUGGAACAUCUCGGGUUUGGACGGCGGAGCGGAGAAGAGGAGGCUGAUUUUCCACGCCAGCUUACAUGAGGAGCAGCUCUGUGAGGCCCGGAGAGGAGUUCAGAGCGAAUAA